AUGCAAAAAUACAAUGACGAAUUUAACUUCUGUAUGUGGCAUACAAAUCCAGAGAAUGUGAAAACGUUGAAGAGCAAAAGGCGAGAAUUUAUCACAAUGAUGGAUCAACUCGCGGAGGCUCAAACGUCUCUCCUAGAAGAUAGCAAUUGUAUCAUUAAGGACUCCAAAACAAUGAUAGACACAUUGCCAAAGAAGACAGUACAAGAACAAGAAUUCUAUAAAAGGAUAAGUUUAUGUGUUCCUAAUAAUAUUCUGAAUGUCACGAAGUCCUCAAAACCAGAAAUUCCAGAGAAUUUCCAACAAAUUCUGAAAAGAUUCGAUAAGAUGCAAGAAUGGUCUAUUGGAUUCUUGGUAUCCAGGGUAGCCAGGAGAGAUGAAAAAUUUGACAUUCUUUUCCUUGAUAAUGCUACGAAAUUGUUGACGAAGCCAGGGCUGGUUGCUGUGAAAUUUGAGAGUUGGACACCAGAGCUUGGAGUAGGUAUUGCGCAGAAUUCGGAUUUUAAAUUUCGAUUCACACAACUUAACUAUGAGGAGAAAUUUCAUCAUCACAAGUGGAAGACAAUAUCUGCUGCGUACUCUUCAAAAUCUCCAGAAGAACUGAAACGUCGUCUAGAAAGUCAAAAAAGCGUUUUGGAGGAAGAAGAACGCGAGGAAAAGAAGAUAGAGGAUUAUGUAACGAAAAUAUUGGACCAAUUUCAAAAAGUCCAACUUCAAUAUGUAUUUGUCAAACAGCAACUUGAGGAACAACAAAAAGUUCAGAGCGAACUGGAUCACACUGAAAAAUCAGUGAAAAGUGUUCAAGAUCUUAUUCGAAAACAGUUCAAUACAGUUCAAAAAGAGUGUCCAGUUUGUUUGCUGGAUUUUACAAAUGGGAUUAAUAGUGAGAGAUGUCCACUUGUUUGGCAAUGCGGUCACACAACCUGCAACAAUUGUUCUCAAACCCUAGUCGACAUCACGAAGCCUUUUAAGCCACAGUGUCCAGUUUGUCGCAAAAAACAUACGCUCAAAAAGUUUACACCCAAUUUCGGAUUGAUGCCAAAGCCGACGUAA